AGGUCAUAGCCAAAGGAUCGUCAUGGAGAGAUAUAAAUACGAUGAAGCCAGUCCAGAGUUCCUAGACAGACAAGAGGAAGAACUACUUGUGUGUAUUUUGUUGGAUACGGUCGAUAUGUCUAUUCCUAUGAUAUUCGUGUGCGGUGGCACAAACUUCAACGGUCCGCUGAAAGGAUACGAAGGGCUGCGAGUGAACUGUCCUAGGUGUCAUAAUAAUAGUGUGAUGGCGUUGAAGAAGCGCGAGUUUUUCACGUUUUGCUUUGUUCCAGUCAUCCCCACAAACUACGGCAAGACACUACAAUGCACAAUCUGCCCGUACAGCCGAUCGACGAGCGACGGGGAGCUGGAGCAGCUGAAAAAUCACGGAUAGCAAUCACAGCGGGUGAUGAUGGAGCAAGUGGACGCGCAGCAGUCAGCAGCGGAACGGGAGCGGGACGAGCGGCUGCACGCGCGGGCCGGGGUCGGGUAUAAUCAGUAUCAGCCGAGCACGUACCAGCCGUAGAGGUUAUAGUAAGGACGUUAUAGUAUAAGGUAGAUAGUGGUGAAUAACAGAUUGUAUGAAGUUAU